AAGUUGUCUCUUGCCAUGACGCGCAUACAACUAUAAUUGUAAGCCAUAAAACUAGCUCUCUUGCACAACUUCUCCUUUACCGCGAGCAUGUCCACUACGAUUCCAUGACUUCGUACUAUCCCUACACUUCGCUUGGGGUGAAUACAACCUUAACUCUUGACGAUACCCUGAACGCGCGGAAAUGUUACAUGCGCGACGUGGUGAAUGGCGGAUUUCCUUACUCAAGGAAACUGGCAGUGCAUACCUCGUGUGUGAAUGCUGUAGUCUUCGCUAACGCAGAAGGGAGGUGGCUGGCAAGCGCAGGAGAUGAUCCAUUUGUAUACCUGUGGGACUUCUAUCAAGAUGAUUUGACCAAACCUGUUUGCGGGUAUGUAGGACACAGGGCCAACGUCUUCUCACUCGCUUUUUCCGCUACGAAUCACUUCCUUUUUGUCGGAGACACGGAUAGCACAAUAUGUAAACAUGACGUCUCUCGUUGGUCGUCGUGCUCGGCCACCCCAGGAAGACCUAUAGCAACAAUUGAACGACAUCGCGAAAGUGUACGGGCUUUAUCAUGUCAUCCCGAGAACGACGACUUGCUCCUCAGCGCAGGAGAUGAUGGUCAAAUUUUGCUUCACGACUUCAGGGCCGGCAACCAAUCCAGAGCCCAAGGUCAUUUGUUCGGCGGACCUGGGUUUACUGGUGUUCAAUACCAUCCGAUUAUGCCCAAUCUCUUCUUGACGGGCGAUUCGCUGGGAGAGGUCAUCUUGCGCGACAUCAGGAUGUCGUUUGAUUCAUAUACCCUUGAUCGACAAGGCGUUAUUCAAGAGUAUGUCACUGCGCUAUCCAAGAGACCUCUUGAACAUCUUAGUCGCGCGGAGGUGGGUAGUUUGACCUUUGAUAGAACUGGUUCCAAAUUGGCAGUUACAUUACUCCAUUACUUGCCUACCAUCUACGCGCUCAUGGAUCCGCAUCCUCUCGCUGUGUGCAGCGGAAGGAAUUCACCAGAUGGCACACCAAUACCUGAAGGCGAGCGAACAUAUUCUAAUUCGUGUACGAUCAAACAUGGAUCUUUCGGCGGACCAGGAUUAGACGGCGACGAAUACUAUUCUGCAGGGUCAGAUGAUUUCAGAGCAUACGUUUGGAGAAUACCUGACACGACAACUUUACUCGAAGCGCGUGAGAGAGUCGGCGUAAAAGAAUGGGAUGCUGAUGAGGGCCCAAGCAAAGCAGGAUUUACUUCCAACACAAGUAAAGCUCGCUAUAUACCCUUGGAGCUGUCAACACCGUUGUGUCGUCUUGGCGGCCAUAGGUCCAUUGUGAACUCCGCUCUGAUGCAUCCCCAUUGGCCGUUGCUUGUCACUGCUGGGGUUGAGCGACAUAUGACGCUUCAUAGUCCUUUUCCUUCUGCGCCCUGCGCCUCCAACAUGGCCCUGACACCGCACGAGGUACGAGCGUUGCCACCGUCGAACGAGGUCGAUCAUCGGCGUUUCGUCCAUGCUCUGAUUUCUGGGAGGCACACAGAGGAGGAGGAAGAUUUUGAUCAAGAAACUAUCGCAUUAUUUGACGAGAUCCUUCGACAAGAGGGUAACGGGGAUGUCUUUGAGAUUCGCCAAUUCCAUCCUGACUCUGAAGACGAAGAUGAGGACCAGGAGGAAGACGGCUCAAACGUGGAAUAAAUGGCGACCCAAUCGCUAUCCACUGGAUUACGUACAUACAGGCACCGUGGCUUGCCACAUUGGUCAGGUCCAUUUGCUAUUCAUGGAUUCACUGCAUUCAAGCUCCUAUGUGCUUGCUUUCAUCUCUGGUUGUUACUGGGCAGUUGAUUAGUGAGCGAAAUGGCAAUCUACUCUCUCAUCUGCAAAGAAUCUGACAAGUUAGCAGAUCAGAUCAUGCUUGCUAUGAAAGAGAAUGACAUAUUAUAUAAUUUGCUUAGUACUAUGAAGUAUGUGAAGCAAUUAUUAGUGCACAUGUAUGCAAUAAGGCCCACUGGAGACAACAUUUUCAAACUUAUCCAUUUACUGGAUGCCUUUUUAUAAUUCUUGAAAAAAAACAGUAGAAAAAUGUCUUAGAUGCUUGCUGACUAAGGAGCCAUUGAGUGAUAUCACAAUGUUGGAAUAGAGAUGUUUCUAUACCUUGAAUCCAAAAGAGGGAGAACUUUCCUUCCUUUCUAUUCUAGUUGUAAAUCUGAUAAAAAUUUAAUAAAGAAUACAGCAUUUUAUUCUCUGCUAUUUACUUAUUGGUUCUUGUAAUUUGGCAUUGACUAUAGCAUAUCUAUUUUACAGAUCUUAUCACCACUCAUA